AAGAGGGAGAGUGUGCGUUGGUCUUUCUGUCGUUCAGUAGCACACUUUCAUUGUGUCUGAUUAUAUUAAGGAAAGUGAACAUCAAUCGUAAAUAAAUACACACUAAAAGAGCAGGCUGUUGUGAAGGCAAAUAGUUGCUAUCAGCUGUAGGAUAUAAAGAAAGGGUAUUUCCUUGAGCCAAGAAAAGACAUUGUAAGAGGAAGGAAUAAAUUGGAGAAAGGAAUAAAACCUGAGCCUCUAGGGUGAAUCUCUCUCUUUUGCUCUGAUAGACUAGAUUCUGAAAAGAAAGACUUCCGCCUGGCUUCGUGGGAGUUGAAAGAGCCAAGAAAUGGAAGCAGAAGCAAUAACAAUUGCAGCUCCUCCUGCAAUUCAUCUUGGGCCUAUUGUAAAUCCAGUUUCCAAUGAAACGAUAUCAAUUGUUAUUCCUCUAUCAGCACAGCUAGCAACUGUUGCAAAAGCUACCAUUGAUCCUUUCAUCGAUGCCAAUAAUUCGAAAUCAGAAUUAUCAAGUUCUGAAUCAUCAGUACAAGUAGAAGUUUUCAAUGAACUUAAUCAAAUAAAUACAUCUACAAUUAUUCAGCCAGCGGUGACAGAAAAAUCAAACUUUGCGAUGAUGAUUCAAAAAGCAGAUAAAACAAAGGGAUGCCCAUUUCCAACUUGUUCUAGAUAUGGUCGUGCUUUCUCUAGAGCUCAUGAUUUAAAAAGACACAUUGCAAGGCAUGAAACUAGAAAAGAACGUCUAUGUGAACCUAAACCCUCAGAUGUACGCACCUGUAACCAUUGCGGAGAAAGCUUUCUUAAUGAUGUGAUCCUUCAACGUCAUAUGAGCAUUCAUGCAACACCUACGGUGGUCGUUGAAGCUAGUAGUAGUGAAGGACAAUAUUUUUGUUAUGUUUGUAAAGAAAAGUAUCCUCAAUUGAGCCAAUUAUCGGCUCACAUUGCUACUCAUAGCAAGGAAUCACGAGGAAAUGUCUGUGCUUUUUGUGGAAUUCAAUGUGAAAAUGACGAUAUCCUAAACAAUCAUAUGAAGGAACAUGUAUCAAGUGUUGAAAAACAAGAAAUAAUAGAAACAACUAUUUCACCUAUUCAAGUAAAAAUUGAAGAUGAUGGUGAUGAUUUUUUACUUGAAGAAAUGCUUUUAAUAAAUAAAAAUUCCCGUGUUACUUCACAAAAAACAAAUUCAAUAUCAUCAUCAACUGGAAAAAUACGUUGCGAUUAUUGUUCAAAGACAUUUAAAACUAAAUGGACACUUAGUUCUCAUGUUGCAGCUCAUGAAGGUCGAUUUCAAUUUGGUUGUAAUCGUUGUGGAAAAAAAUUUGUUAGAAAAAGUCAUUAUGAUGGACAUGUACGAUCGCAUGAUGCUGCGAGGCCUUAUGUUUGUGAUCAGUGUGGUAAAACAUUUAAAGAAUUAAAACAUCGACGUGAACAUACAAAGCGUAAACAUUCAGGAAAUCAAAUUGCUAUACAAAAUCUAUUGGAUAGUAUCAGUGCUUGUGUUGCUGAAGAAGCAUCAAUGGAGCAAGCUAAGCUCACUCUUCUCAUGCCAAUGAAUUUUACUACGUAAAUCGUACCAAAAAAAAAA